AUGUUACGCACUGCGAUUGUUCCGGUAUGGUGUGUUGUGAUUGUGUGUUCGAUCGCGAUCAGUGCUUUGGAUGAUCCGGAAGAUGGUUCCACCUCCUGUACGCAGAUAGACUUCGACGAGGCGACGCUUUCUUCGCUGCGCAAGUGUGAUUACAAGCAAGAGUUUAUCGCGAAACGAUACGAUGCGUCGAAUCAGUUCGAUCCGUAUCGUCCGGAGGCUGUGCACUAUCUGUCCCAUCGUUGGCAAGGGCUAUCGUGCGGUGAAACGGUGAAUACCUACUCGUUCAAUGAAGAAACCGAGCUACGUAUGGCUUACAACCUAGUGUUUGAUAGUGGUGCUUUGCUGGAGGUGCGUGUGUUUGAUGAAGAUCGCAUGGAUGCUGAGAAUAAACCGACGCUGGUUGAGGUUUGGCACACUGUAACCUCCACUGAAGGUUGGGGAUUGUUCCGCGAGAAGCUCAACAAAACUGUGAAGAAGGCGAGGAUUCAAAUCGAAGCAAACAUCAACGCCGGAAGUGAUUUGGCGAUAGAGUACUUGACCAUAUUCAACUACGAGGUGGAAACAGAGGAGUGUAGCAACAUUGAUGAGUUUUCGACAACCGUUGCUGCACCGUCAUCCAGCGAAGCUGCAACAAUCACUACAACAACGAUUGCUGCGGAAACAACCACUCAACAACAACCUGUCACAACAACACCUCCUCUCGAUACAACGGUGACGCUGACAACGGAAACAUUCCCGUCCACCGUGUUAUCAACCGAUGACGACGAAACAACGGUUACUACUGAAAUAUCGACGGAAGAAACGACCAUAAUGACUGAGACUACUACUGUUACGGCCACUAGCAGCACAACCGAGAUACUAACAACGACCACCACCAAUGCACCACGGGAUGACACUUCAGUACAACCGGUCACCAGCACAACACAACAAUCGACCACCUCAUACUCCACCAUUCCAACGACCGAUAGUACAAAGUCUACGACGAUGUUCUCCACCACUGAAAAUGGUCCAUCGCUCGUUGAACCACCUAGCCCAAACCAAUGGCUGUGGAUGACAUUGGCAGCAGUGUUUGCGAUACUAUUCCUGCUGGCGACCAGUGUCGCCAUCUACCUGUGCCAUAUAAUCCGCCAUCUUGAGCGGACCAGUACACGUCUGUUGGAUGAUGUCUGUCAAUAUCCACAGCGGCGGAUCAAACGGUAG